AUGGCGGCGCAGCGUGCGGCGCGGCGGGAGCGGGACCCCGACCCGGACCUCGACUCCGACUGGGCCGGGAUGGCGGCGCUGCCUGAGAAGACCGUGACCGGCUGGGUCCUGCAGUUCUACUUCCACCGCGCCAUAGAGGCCUACCGCUCCGGGCGCAACCGUGAUUUCCGUCAGUUCCGCGACAUCAUGCAGGCUCUGCUCGUGCGGCCCCUGAACAGGGAGCCGGAGACAGCCCAGAUGCUCCGGAUAAUGCAGCUGCUGUCGCGGGUCGAGGAGGGCGAGAACCUCGGGAAGCGCCGUGACCCCCCCCCAAACGUAUGGAUGCCAAUUCUUAUAGAUUGUACCUUCGACAAGGAGUCAGAGCUGACCCCACUUGAGUCGGCCAUGCUUGUCCUGGACUUCAUCCAUGAGGAAUUCUCUGUGGCGGAUAAGACGAUGGAGGCUGUGCAGAAAAUGGUGAAAGAAGCUGCUGUUGUUGUUUGUAUCAGAAACAAGGAGUUUGAAAAAGCUUCCAAUAUUGUCAAGAAGCACAUGGGGAAGGAGCCCAGAAACCAAAAAAAGAGAAAUGAGUGGCUGGCUGUCAUCCGGGACAAGAAUCCCUCUCAUCCAAAGGUCAAAAACUUCUCCUACGAGGACUUCCAGCAGAGCAUGUUUGAGUUCCUGAAGGGCUACGUGGACAACUCAGAACCAGUGCUGCUCACGCUGUUGAAAAAGACCCUGAAUUUGGAACACGUUGACAAAGCGAAAUCCUCCCUGGAGAUUUCGGAGUUGGCAGAUGGGCUGAAGGACCAGGAAGCAGCUCCAGAGGAGGCCUUGGGAAGGGCACAGGGCCCAGCCAGAGCUCCAGAGGCCUUGGGAAGGGCACAGGGCCCAGCCAGAGCUCCAGAGGCCUUGGGAAGGACAGAGGGCCCAACCAGAGCUCCAAAAUAUGCAGGAGCAACAGAAGUCCUGGAGGGAGCUGCAAGCCCUGCAGAAAGGGCAGCUGGUCCCACAGCAGCUCCAGAGAUUAUGGAAGAAGCUGGUGGCCCUGCAGCAAGUGUGAAACCUAUGGAAGACCCAGCAGCAACACCUGAACAUUUAACAGCAGCGUAUGAUAUCCUGAAGGGCACUCCAGGGCCUACAGAAAUAGCUAAAGAACCAGCAGCAACUCCAGAACUCCCCAGUGUGUCUACCAGGGAAUCACAGAGGCAGCCCCCCGGAGCUGUAACCUCGUAUGGGAUUUCUGUUCUGAGAGAAGCUUUCAAGAUCCUGUCCGACUCCGGGGACCCAGAUGCACUUUUCACCAAACUGGAUGAGACAGACUUGCCUUCCCCCAAGCAACUGUCUCCUUCUGUAUCCCACAGAAACAAGAGACUCAGAGAAGAUGAGAAUCAAGCUUCUGAGACCUGUAACGUCAAAAAUUUGUUCAGCAUAAGCAAUCUGGUUGUGGAUUUGGACGGCUCCUCCAGCAAGUCAAGCGAGUGCCCUGACUCUUCCCAGGAGCACGUAGUCUCUUCUGCUUCCAAACCUGCUCCGAAAUUGCCUGAUGAGCCCUUGUCUGCCCAGAGUGAGAAGUCUGUCCAGGGAAGGUGGAACAGCUCCUGUGGUACAGAGGAGAAGGACAGUUGGAGUGAUGAGGAUGAGCUCUUUGCAAAUGCAGCAUCACUUGAGAGAAGCAAUGUCUCCAGAACCUCUGGCUCCAAGAAACAGAAAUGGACCAUGCAGGAGAGCGAGUGGAUCAAGGAGGGGGUGCGGAAGUAUGGAGAAGGGAGAUGGAAAGCCAUCUGCCUCAGGUACCCCUUCCAGAACCGCACUCCAGUGAUGAUCAAGGAUCGCUGGCGGACCAUGAAGAAACUGGGAAUGCUCUGAAGCUGAAAGCCACAGGACUUGGGGUUUUGGGGUUUUUUUGGUUUUGGGGUUUUUUUUUGGUUUUUGGACCUUGGUUUGUUUUUUGGAUGCUGGACCAGAGUGUUGUCUGUGCCAGUGUGGGAAGCCCCUGUGAUACCAAAACCAUGACUGACAGGAACCUAGGAGCUUUGUGCUCCAGCUGUAUCUGCAAAAAUCAGUGUGCUGCAGGUGGUAGGGGCUGUGCAGCCUCUCAGUGUGAACUUAGAACCACCUGGAUUGAGACUUCCUUGUCUACCUGACCACUGCAGCCUCUGGAAUGAAUCCCAGAUGUUUGCUCAGGUGUGAUCAGUAGGAUAAGCUCAUAGGUGACCAUUUGGUCAUGUUCUAGUUGUAUGUUCUCUGAAUCACUUGUUUCAUCUGUUUGCCAUCAGUCCCUUAUGGAAGAGAACCAAGGAGUCCCAGAGCUUUUGUGGGGAAGAGAUCCAGGCAAGAGGGAUAUACUUAAGGUUUUUUUUCCCAUUCAUUUCUGCUUUGUAAAUGAUUAAUCUGUGAGGAGAAAUUCCUCCCUUCCAGCUCUUAAGCUGUAAAAAGUAAAACUACUUUGUGUUUCAGUACUUGAAACUGUUGUUUCCAUGCUAAAAAUUUUAGUUCUGACUUUGGUCAGGGUUUGUUUGCACUUUUCCUGGUAAUAGUGUGAGCUCCAAGGGUGCCACAUGUUCCUGCCUUCAAGGGCCAAAGCUUGGAAUACUCGUUUGAAAAUUAAA